AUGACCGGACCGAAAAGCACGUCGACAGACCUUGGUAGGCUUUGGACUCAGGCUAUCAAUGACUACAAUGCAAGAACAGAUGAGGAUCUCUCGUCUAUGGGCGCACUAGACUUGGCUGGUGCGAUGAAAAUCCUUGACGUCAGCAUGGAGAAAUUCAAAGGCUUUAGGAAUGACGGCAGCAAAAUGGCGAAGUUUCGAUCUGCUAUGGGAGACUCUUUGGGCGAUAUGCAGAAAUGCAUUGACGGCGUUGCGAUUGUCGGUUCCGCUGCUGGCGCAUUUCCACCAGCAAUGCCGGUGGGGCUCGUUUUUACAGCUGCAAGCCGCUUGAUAUCAGCUUUCGCUGGGUUGAAAGCACAUUAUGACCGUGUCGAGUCAUUCUUUGCAUUUUCAUCUCGAUUUUUCCAGCGGCUGUCUCUUCUCGAACAGCGAGCAGACUCCGGUCCGCUUGCAAUCGCUAUUGUUCGAGUUUUCUCCAUGCAAUUGUCGGUAUGCGCCAGAGUAAGAUAUAUAAUCAAGAAGAAGCGUUUUUCACAAUUCCUAAAUGCACUUUGGAACAUGGAGGACCAGGAGCUAUUGGCUGCGUAUGCAGCCAUGCAAGUCUCGAUAGAGGAGCUCAAUGAAUCUGUAGGAUUUGAGAGCUACAGCUCGAUCAGGUCUCUUCAGGAGGAUGUGCGCGCAGGAAACGACAAUUUGAGAUCUAUGCGAGAAGAGUCAUCCGCUAACACUGCAAAACUCGACGAAUUAGAUCAUAAGCUGCAAUCAUUUCGCGCCAACUUGGGGCAAGAUGUGCAGCAGCUCUACCUGAGCAGUUUGAAGCUUGACGUUGUAGUUACCGAAGGAUUCGUUGCAGUGCAGAACAGGCAGAAUGAGAGCCACGCUCUACUUCUGCAGCUGCAAAAGUCGGUAGACAAAUUGGGCAAAUCAUCAGAACACGAAGACAAGAAAAAGCAGGCUACAAAGUCGAAGGGCGAUGGGGGCGACCGGAAGUUUCAAGCUUUGCGAGAGAUUAAGAAGUUCUUGACGGAAAACAACAUGGAUUUUCCAUCUUGGGCAGACGCUCAUCGCGAGAACUCAGUGCAAGAAGAAGAUAUGCGUGGAUCACAGGUCCAACAAACAGCUAGAUGGCUUUGUGAACACCCAAACUUCAGGUCCUGGUCAGAGGGAGCAUGUCAGCUAUUGUGGCUACCAGGAGCUGAGGGCAUUGGAAAAUCCUUCCUGGCCUUCUCAGCCGUUCAGGAGCUGCGAGCACGUCAGAGCGAUCAAAGCUACUUGGCCUAUUUCUUCUUCAAGGAGGAGCACCCGUACCUGCAGUCAAUGCAAAAUGCCUUCGCGUCGGCCGCGUUACAGAUUGCCGAAUCAAAUAACAAAUACGCUGAACAGGUAGCUGCUCAGAUCAGAGAGGAUUCUGGGAAAAGGACCUCCAUUUCUACCUGGGAUCGGUUCUUUCUUUCCAUGUUUCCACGUAACAACGAGCCAACGAGUCGUUUGUUUCUUAUCCUGGACGGCCUAGACGAGGCUCACAUUCAGCAGGGGGGGCUUCUCACUCAAUUUUUAUCAGACUUGACAACUGAGAAUGCUAGAGUGUCAGUUCUGGCAACUGGCAGACCAGAAGAGAAGAUCAUCCUGCAACUUUAUAAACCUUUGGUGAUUGAAGUUACAAAGCAUGAGAUGAAAUCUGAUAUGAAGACGCUUGUAAAGAGCCGCCUGCUGUCGCUACCACGUUUGUGCAAGUUCAGUCAAACUGUCAAGAGAGCCAUCACACGCAAAGUAUUGAAGCACGCAGACAGCAUGCUCUACGUUGAGCAUGUGCUUCGAAGGUUCUCCUACAUAGGCCGAGAACGAGCUGUGCUGGAAGAAUUGGAGAGAUUACCCGCUACUCUGCAUGAUCUUUAUAGGCUUCUUCUGGAGGAAUGUCGCCAUAAUCGUUCCGAGACGCAAUAUCAAGCGAUGAAGAAGAUGUUUGCAUGGCUAGCGUUUCCAAAGCGAUCACUUAGUCUGGCCGAAGCCUCGCAUUUGGUUCAGUUGACACUCUUGGACGACACCUUCGACAUUGAGGAAGAGAUUAUCGGCCGCUCGUCCCGUAUUCUUGAGCUCACCCAGGCUCGACAGGCGGACGAUGACACGAAAGAUGAUGACAAGGACGACGACGAAAAUGAAGAUUUCAAAGAUGAUGGCGACCCUGAGCUUGCCUAUCGGGACUUGCCUUUGACAUUCCAGGAUCGAUCAUUGCGGCAGUAUUUCCAAAGCAUUAGUAUAGAAGCAGACGGCGCUACAGAGUUCAGGACGCCUGCUUCUGCUGCACAACUUACGAUCCUUCAAAUGUGUGCAAACAUCAUGAUCCAGGCAGCUAAAGACCCCGAAGACCAGCCAAGCAUUGCGCUUGCACGGUACGCUAUUCAAUAUUGGUACGAGCAUCUCGAGGAGUUGGACGUGGAGAAUUCGACAGACGAGGUCAUCCGGCAGGUCGCAACGUUGUUGUAUACCAUAACUCAGAAUACCAACAACAUUGCGAAAUUAUUUGAGCAGCGGGCAAGACAUACAGAUAUGUAUCCUGAACGGCUGGACGACUCGCCUGCUGCCCAGGUCAAGGAAUGGGCAAACACUGUCAAUAAAGAUAAUGUUCUGCUUUUAUUGACACAUGGUCAUGUACAAAAUUGGCUAAAUGCCAUAGAUCAGACUUGGAUCCCUGAAACCUUCGAAUUUGUCAAAGCAACUCUGUUUCUGGCAAAUCGCUUGGAAAAGAACGAAGAAGAGCCACUGAGGAUGAUAGACGCUGUCAUAGCCCAGUACAAAAUUCCAGGCGAAGACUUCAGGACAUUGAGGGCGACUGGAGCGACAUUGUGUGGAUAUGGAUAUGAAUCUCGGGAUCUGAAUCGCCAGCAGGCAAUGCUCACCGAAGGCGUGUCAUACUUGAAGCAGUCUGUGGAGUGCAUGGAAGGCGACGCUUUGGAAAGGAUUGCAACACUUCGCCUCUUAGCACCCAAGUACACAUGGAUCGACCAACAGCCCGAGGCAAUCGUUUAUUAUGAUCAAGCAUACGACAUGUUGUCAAACUUGGAAUCAGAGGAUCUGACAGAAGCGAAAUCGAAAGAGUUGAACGACAUCAGGCUGGACAUACUGACAGCCAAGGCGACAGCAUUUACUGAGUUGAACCAGCCUGAGGAUGCUCUACAGAUAUACAACAAAGCUAGAGAGCUUUCGGGUGCACAUCCUCUGCCCGGAUGGACUUUAGAUGAGAUUACUCUCUUGUUCAAAGAGGAGUAUGACACCGACGGGACUAAGCUCAUGGAAGCCCUCCACACGUGGACCGUAAAAGAACGCAAUAGCUGGUUCGCAUAUUGCUUCAACGGCUUCGUGGAUGCAAAUGCUGUCACUCGCAUGCAGAGGGCGGCCAAAAUGGCAAAGAAGACCGAUUUACUACUUGAGUGGCUGAACGGCUUGGCCAAAACUCUUCCCAAGGAGAGUUACUACCUGUUCAACCUUCGUGGUGCAAUUGCACGCUUAUACUAUCCAGUCAUGGGUUGUGUUGAAAAAGGCAAAGCCAUGCGUCAGGAAAUAUUGGCCAUGAAUCCGAAGCCGGAGUCUUGGUACGAAGAGACGAUGAAUGAGACAAGGACGCAGCAUCAUAUGCAGCUAGCGGAAAUCCUCUUUCAUGAGUUCCAGACGUGUGCAGAUCCAGCAAAAAAGGAAACACUUCUCGAGUCGUUGACGCUCCUGCCGAGUGCCCACGAAUAUCAGAGAUAUAUGAACGAGCUGUUUGCAGCUUGCAUCAAUGGACUGGAGGAUAGCGUCUCUUGGAAUGACUCAUCGAGCUUGCGUCUACUAUCCAAAGUUCUGGCUUCGUUGGAUGGUCUUGAACAUGAUGCGCGAAUCGCAUGCUCUGCACAAUUUUCCAUCUUGGAUCGCGCUAUCCAUUACCAAAGUAGCGAUAUUGGAGAUUCGGAGACCGUCUCUAACGAAGGGAGUGCUGAAGCAGACGCCACCAACCCUACCACGACAACUGGUGAAACAAAAAAGGAAUCUCUGGCAGAUAGCGUUAUGGAUAUCGCAGGAGAAGGUUCCGCUCAUGGCACAGCGGGCGAGAAGCUGCUGGAGCAAGAACUGGAUGAUACUGCGACCGAGUCAGCUCAGCUAGAAGAAGACAUUACUGAAGCUGGAAUCUACUGUGAUGGAGGUUGCGGAACGGAAAUCAACACCUGGACGAAGCCGAUGUACUACUGCUUGGUCUGUGUCAACUGCGACCUUUGCGAAGUAUGCUACGCAAAACGUCUGGCUCAAACGCGCGGCGAGAUUGAAGAACCCUGGCACAGUUUCUGUGGCAGAGAUCAUUACUAUAUCAAGGCCCCCCUGAAAGGCUGGAAGGGCAUCAGGAACGGUGUCAUUCGCAUCAACGAUGAAGAGUUUACAGUAAAACAUUGGCUCAAGGGUUUGAAGGAAGAGCGAUGGCAGAAUGCCUGGGCAACCUUCUGGACCAGACAGGGUGGUUUGAAGGAUAUUGGUGACGAAGCCUAG